AGGAAUAAAUUACACUUUACUAUUUAUUCACAUAGAAAACAGAUUAUUUAAAUUGUAAAAAUAUUUCACUAUUUUUACUGUAUUUUUUAUCAAAUAAACAGCCUUGACGAACACUAAUUCCCAUCAACUGUCCGUUAGUGAAUGUAAAGUAUAAUUGUGUAUGUACAUCAGUCUGUCGGGCCGUACGGAGGUUGAAAGGCCCGUGACCCGUGGUCAUUGCUAGGGAAACUCUCAUCUGACGUGGAACUAUUGUGUCUGCGCUCUCACAGGAGGAAAUAGUUCCUGAGCGCCGCCCGUUUCCAGGGGGAACUUUUAUGGGGGGCGGAACCUGAAAGGGUCAGAGGUCGCAUCAGUCUGUUACUGUGAAGAAUGAUGAGCUAUAAAGAGGCGGACGAUUAAAUGUAACACAAAGCACAAAAAUGUGAGCGUGUGUUUGUGACGUUACAGACCUCUGGAGUGAAGCGCAUCAUGUUAGUUGAAGCCUUACAAUCAUCACCAAGGCUUUCUGAACUUAAGAGUUGGUGUGUAUCAGCUGGAGAAAUGAGGAUCUGCGCUCAGUAUGGAGGCCGUGAUGAGUCGUGACGUCUGUGGAGGGCCGGAGGGGCGGGGCGUCGCUCACGGCAACAGUUAGCUAUGCGUGACAUCACAGCGAUGUUCCUUAAAAGGCCUGUUGUGCACCUGCUCGGGCAGAGACCCGUCCUGAAGACGUACAGGACAGAACUGAACGCCACGAUAACGUGAUCGAAAACACUGGACAGAUAUUUACUUUACGACUCUACUUGUUUAACAAGGAUGGCUUUUUCAUCUCCUCUAAACUUUACCUCCUCUCUUCUUCCUGCUCUCCUCAUGCUCCUCAUCAUCAUCACCGUAACAAUGCAGGUAGAGGGACGGCCGUCGCCACGCCAAUCAGAUGCUCAGGUUCUGCAGGAUUUGUUUGGGCUGAAGAUCGGCUCUCUUCUAUUGGCUCAUCCAGAGGUCAUCGAGGGGUCAGCAGACGCCGCCCCUCCCCUCUCAAACGGGCUGCAGUCGCCCCGCCCACCGUCACGUGUGUUUCUGGACUUCAUGAGCCGUCACAGGAAGCUGCAGGGGCGGAGCCGAAAGGUCGUUGCGCGGGGGUGUUUCGGGAUGAAGGUGGACCGGAUCGGGGUCAUCAGCGGUCUGGGAUGCUGACGCACGCAGGUGAGCGUGAGGAUCACGAGUUCGUCAUACAGACCUUCACCUGCAAACAUUACUGAAUCUUUCUGUUCUGAUGUUUUAGCAUCUGCUGGAUUAUUUUCAGUCCAAACGGCUGUAAUAUGACCAUCUGCAACAACAAAACUCGCAGUUUUGGCCUUUGAACAUAGAACUCUGACAUAUUUGUCGUUUUAUGAUCCUGAGGUUUUCUCAGUUGUGUGUGUGAGAGUGUGUGUGUGUUUGUGUGAGUGUGUGACCUCUGGCUGAUUGUCCAGUCAGUUUUGUUUACCUUGUUUACCAUGUUUGACGUGACAGAGCUUCUGUUCAGACAUUUUGUGAGUGGGAACUUGUUCUCAAUAUUUAACACAAGUUUAAACUUGUCUGUGUGAUGUCCAUAAAUGUUAUUUAACAUCUAAAUUAAAGGUGUUGUUGAUUUUGAACCCGA